UGGGACUAAAGAUUUGCUGAUAGACUGUAAAAGGUGAACGUGGUCAUGAUGGAUUUCCUGGUGUAAAAUGUCAUCGAGGUUGGACAGGGCCACCUGGAAGGAAAGGAGAUAAGGGUUCACGUGGUUAUACAGGUCCAAAAGGUGCCACUGGCCCUAGAGGAAUGCCUGGUGUCACAAAAGAGGGUCCACAAGGUCCGACAGGUCCACGUGGAGAAAAUGGAAUGAAAGGAAAGAAGGGUGACUACGGUCAUACAGGUCGAAACGGUGCUAGUGGACCUCAAGGAGCUCCAGGUGUAGAAGGCCCUCGAGGUUGGCCGGGAGAAGUUGGAAAAAAAGGUAUAAUCGGCAAUCCCGGAAUUGCAGGACCAUUAGGGCCCCCUGGCCCGCCAGGUAACAACGGAAGCAAAGGAGAACAGGGGCAAGUAGGAACAUCUGGUCCGUCAGGUCACAACGGAACCAAAGGAAUGAAGGGCGACCGUGGUCUUACAGGCUCUAAAGGAGCUCCUGGUAAAGCAGGCUCUCAAGGUGUGCAAGGAAAUAUUGGAAAACAAGGUCCACCUGGCGUGGCAGGAUUGGCAGGACCGGUAGGACCGCCAGGUCACAAUGGAACAAAAGGAAUACAGGGUUUACCUGGGUUAGGGAUAAAAGGACAAAGAGGAAAAAGUGGAAAAACGGGAGGUAAAGGAAGUCCAGGUGAAAAAGGUCAACAAGGAGUGCCCGGAAAUACUGUUGUCAUGGAAGAACUUAAAGCAUAUCUUAAAACAUACGUAGUUGAGACAAUUGACGAACGUUUGAAGGAACUAAGGCAAGUGUCAAGCGAACAUCCUGCGGCUCAUUUGUAUGGAAGUAGCUACCAAGGUAAUCGACUUACCUGGACCACACAAGGAUUGGCUGGAUUUCUAGAUGGCGGAAUGAAAUACAAUAAAGGAUAUUUGAUCGUUCCUAAAAAGGGAUUGUAUUACAUCUAUGCUCAGAUCAAGUGCGAUCCUAAGAAAGAAAACGACAAUUGGUGCGGAUUCUCAUUCAAAAUAAAUAGGUCUCAGAUCUCUGAGCAGUUCAUCUCUCAACAUUCACAAGACGUCCUCCACUACUACAUGCCUGAAGCUGGUCUGCUAAGAAAGCUAGAAAAAGGAGAUCGCAUUUCAGUGAAUAAAGGUAAUCCUAACCAGGUCUUUGUCCAGGGUAUGGAGACGUAUUUUGGUUGCUACGCCAUUUCAACAGUCGAGUCUUAAACCACUUGAAACCGUCUCAGUCGAGUUUUAAACCACUUGAACUGUCACGUAAUUUUGAGCUUUGCACAAGCUUCGCACAUCUCUAGAAGGUUAGCAGCACAAGUCACCAUCACGUGUUUCGUCUUCUAAUGUUUGCGUCACUGGGUUGUAACCGUUUAGACCACAAUGCUCUAUGUUAUGUUACAGUGACUAUAUUGUAGCGUGUCUUUAUAAGGAAACUGCACUAGUCUAUAUGCUCGUUUAAAGACGGUCGCCAUAAAAAUU